AUGCACCGCGCUGCCUCCAACCAGCGCUCGGUCUCCUCCUCCUCGGGCUCCUUCCAGCCGCCGCCGCCGCCGCCGCCGCCGCCGUUGCCGCCGCACGCCGCCGACCGGCAGCCCCUCUUCCAGAGGGGCUCCCGCAGCGGCGGCAGCCGGCGGGGCUCGGGGUCGAGCUCGGGCUCGGGGCCCGGCGGGGCGGGGGGAGGGCGGCGCUGGGGCUUCCAGGCGCUGUCCCUGGUGCUGCUGCUGGGGCAGGGCGCGCUGCUGGACCUCUACCUGAUCGCCGUCACCGACCUGUACUGGUGCAGCUGGAUCGCCACCGACCUGGUGCUGGCGGCCGGCUGGGGCAUCUUCUUCUGCCGCAACAGCCGGGCGCGCCGCCGGGAGCGGCCCCCGCCGCCCCCCGGGCCGCCGCCGCCGCACCCGCUGCUGCUGCACGGCCCCCCCGGCGGCCGCGGGGCCGGGGGCCGCGGGGCCGGGGUCCCCCCCCGCGGCGGCGACUUCGCCUACGCGCACCUCGCCUGGCUCAUCUACUCCAUCGCCUUCACGCCCAAGGCGGCGCUGAUCCUGGGCACCUCCAUCCUGGAGCUGAUCGAGCUGCGCCUGCCGCUGGGCACCACCGGCUUCCGCAUCACCCUGGCGCUCUCCGCGCCGCUGCUGUACUGCCUGCUGCGGGCCAUCGGCACCGAGGGCGCCGGGCAGCUGCUCCUGCCGCCGCAGCCGCCGCCGCAGCACCGCGCCGCCGCCGCCUUCCUCGCCACCUGCCUCGACCUGCUCGACAGCUUCUCCCUGCUGGAGCUGGUGCUGCAGCCCGGGCGGCCGGCGCCGCUGCCCGCCCCGCUGCGCUACCUGCUCAUCGCCGUCUACUUCCUCUGCCUGGCCUCGCCGGUGCUGUGGCUGUACGAGCUGAGCGCCGCCCGCCCGCCCGGCGCCGCCCGCCUCGCCCUGCACCUCCUGCUGCCCGCCGGGCUGCUGGACGCGCCGCUGCUGGCGCUGCGCUGCCUCCUGCUCCUGCGCUACCAGCAGCCGCUGUCCCUCUUCAUGCUGAAGAACCUCUUCUUCCUGACCUGCCGCGGCCUGGAGGCGCUGGAAACCUGCUGCCUCCUCCGCCCCGCCGCCGCCCCGCCGCCCGCCAAGUACGGCCCGGCCACCGCCGCCCCCGCCGCCGCCCCGCUGGCCCACGGGCUCUCCGACGUGGACGUGGGUCCCCACGGGUACGUGAACGCCUUGGCGGUCACUGCCCAGGGCUGA